CUCCAACUCAAAGUAGUAGCUAGUCCAGCAGGCCACAAUGGCAACAAGUCUGGCAGGCUACAAUGUCGUCGAGGUGCUUGCUGCUCCUGGCUAUCUUCCUUUCGACGCAGCCAACGGGGCAGAGCGGUGAGGAAGGGCCAGCGGUUCCGGCGCUGAUGGUGUUCGGCGACUCGCUGGUGGAUGUAGGCAACAACAACUACAUCUUUACCAUCGCCAAAGCCAACUUCCCUCCCUAUGGCAGGGACUUCAAAGACCAUGUCGCCACAGGAAGGUUCUGCAACGGCAAGCUGCUUAUCGAUUUCAUAGCUGAAAAGGUUGGGUUCAAUGGCUCUCCGCUGGCCUAUCUCAGCCCAGAAGCAUCAGGACAGAACCUUCUUCUUGGAGCUAACUUCGCAUCUGCUGCAUCUGGCUACAAUGACCAUGGGACUCUGAUUAAAGCCAUCUCUGUCUCUCAACAAUUGAAGUACUUCAAAGACUACCAAGCUAAGCUGGCGGUGGUGGCUGGGAGCAGCCAUGCUCGCUCCAUCAUCUCCGGCUCACUCUACAUCAUCUGCGCCGGUUCAUGUGACUUUGUCUACAACUAUUACAUCAACCCUUUCCUCGACACGAACCAAACCGCAGAACAAUUCUCAGACCGCCUCGUCGGGAUGUUCAACAACAGUGUGACGCAACUUUACGAGAUGGGAGCCCGACGCAUCGGCGUCUUCUCCCUGCCACCCUUUGGUUGUUUUCCCAUGGCGAUCACAUUGUAUGGUCAUGGGAGGAGCGGAUGUGUGUCUAGGCUCAACAACGACGCCCAAUAUUACAACAUGAAGUUGAAAGCUGCUGUUGACUCACUAUCAAAGAAGUACCAUGAUCUCAAGAUUGUGGUUCUCGACAUGUAUGCGCCUUUGUACAACCUCGCUACCUCUCCUGUAUCGCAAGGGUUCACCGAGGCGAAGCGGGCUUGCUGUGGCACAGGGACGGUGGAGGCGUCAAUCCUUUGCAACUCCCUGUUACCUGGGACUUGUCCGAGCGCACGGACAUAUGUGUUCUGGGACGUUUGGCAUCCGUCAGAGGCAGCAAACAAAGUUGUUGUGGACUCUCUCGUAGAUGAAAUCAACAACCUGGUUGCAUAAACCCACUAGAUUGUACAGUAGGCAUGCAGGCUUGAUGCUACAUUGCUUCAAGUAUCCAGAAAGAAAAUAAUAGCUGUGGACUAAGCAGAACACAUGAUGUUGGAUGUGAAAAGGGCAUCAACAUUUACCUUGCAUUCCAUGUAAGAGGUUGUGGCUUAAUUAGGUGCCGGCGUUACCGGAUGGCCUUUUUUUC